AUGACUUUAGCAGGCCCCACAGCCAAUUCUGUGUUUGUGAUGGCACCUCACAACAGGUAUCCUGUGCUCCUGGGAAGCAUGUCUCAGAUUCCUGUGACUCCACUUAACCAACCCCAAGUCCAACAAAUUCCUGGGAACCCACCUGGUUUGGAGACACGCCGGUCUCUGCAACCUGGCAGGAGAUCCUUAAAAGAGGGAAAAGUUUUGGGGGUUAUCCAGAUCCUGACUGGCCUGAUACAUAUUAGCCUGGGCAUCAUCAUGGUGACCAUCAUGCGUGGGCCCUACACCACUUUCUCAUUCUACGGAGGCUAUCCCUUCUGGGGAGGCAUCCUGUUCAUCAUUUCAGGAUCCCUGUCAGUGGCAUCAGAAGAGCUACCAAGAUCUUCUUGCCUGCUGAAAGGUAGCAUGGGCCUGAGUAUCACCAGUGCAGUCUGCUCUGUGGUUGGAAUCCUGCUCCUCAUCACAGAUAUAGUUAUCAACUCCCUAUUUAUCCACAAUAGCUCCAAUGGUAUGGUCUCUGGAAUAGCUAUUUCUGCUGUGCUGUUCAUCUUUAGUCUCCUGGAAUUCUGCAUUGCCUGCACAUCUGCCCACUUUGGCUGCAAACUGGUCCGCGAUUCAUACAACAACGACACUGUGGUCUUCCAAACCGUCUAUGUGACAAACCUAGUGGCCAAUCCAGAAUCAAUGAACUCUCCACCAUCUUAUUCCAGUGACGUCCGGGACUACAAAUAA